UCGUUGGCGCCGGCUGACGACGACGCUCGUGCACUGUGUGAGUGUGAGACAGUGUGUGCGUGACGAAAGUGCUGCGGUUCCACAGUUCCUUCCUGUGUCUCGCUCCUCCGUUCGCGGCUUCCGCAACCUCCGUUCUAUUACGCGGCCGCCGAUCGGAGGAGAAAUCGAUCGAACGUACGAAUGUAUCCGUAAUCGAUCCGCGCCGUCGAGGCACGCGCGACUAAUAACACUAUACUCUAGUCCGCUGCAUUUACACGGCCACGAGGAUAUAAUUAGAGGAAUUGAUCGCACGUCCAACGCGGAGUGCAAAUCGCCUUUGACGGAUUGGGGAUUGCGUCAGGCGGGCCAUUUAACCGAGAGAGCAUUUCGAAUUCCCCCGUCCCGUGGAAGCUGGCCGGCUCCAGUUUGUUGUUCCAGAUUGCUCCAGAAACCGAGACUGACGCGUUCGCGCGCGCAGUUCCUAUAUAUAGUCGAUUUAAUUUAUUUCAACUGUCGUUGUCGUCAUCAUCAUCGUCGUCAUCAUCAUCUAAACAGCAUGUCUCUCGUCGAGCUCGGACAAUCCUUCGACACUCGCGCCGAAAGCGUGAGAAUCACAACGAGGAACGCAAAGAGACACUGAUUCGGUUCUCGAUGACGAGGCUCGACGAGAACAGAUAAAACACGACAGACGCGAAACACAAAUGACCAGUUUGGUCCUGUCGGUGGCGGCAAGCAGGAUCGAGAUGCCCCUCUCCAAAUCGAAUCCGUUCGUGCCGGCGAGCGCGAUCUCGACGCAAUCGUACAUCUCGAGCAGCGAGAGCAGCAACCACCUGCCGCCGAUCAUCAAGGGCACCGGGCUGACCGGCAACCUCAAGCAGACUGGCGGCGGCGGCGGCGGUGGUGGCGGCGGUCGUGGCAGUGGUGACGAUGACACGACGGUGCUUUAUCCGGGCUACCAGAGACUACCACUUUCCACUACGUGGAAAGGCGAGAACUUCGGUCUGGGUCAUUGGCAGAGUCACAAUUCCAGCCACAAUUCGCACUCGCAACCCAACAGUCAGUCAAACAGUCCGGUGGUGAGGAACGGUCAUCGUGCCGAUGGUAAUUCCAACAGCGGCGGUGGUGGACGCAGCGGCGGCGGUGGCAGCGGCAGCGGUGGCGGUGACAGCACCGGCAGCUGUACAGGCGGCGGCGGUAGCAACAACAGCAUCGUCAGCGUAAAGCCUAAGACGGCGGUCAUCACGCCGGAGAUGGUAAUGAAACUGUACAUGAACAAGCUGACGCCGUACGAGCAUCACGAGAUCUUCAACUACCAGCAGAUCUAUUUCAUCGGCGCGAACGCGAAGAAACGGCCGGGCAUUAUCGGCCGGCCGAACAACAACGAGUAUGACAACGAACAGGGCUCGUAUAUACAUGUGCCGCACGACCACGUGGCGUAUCGUUACGAGGUGCUGCGCGUAAUCGGCAAGGGCUCGUUCGGUCAAGUGGUCAAGGCCUACGAUCACAAAACGCACGAGCACGUGGCGCUCAAAAUGGUGCGCAACGAGAAGCGCUUCCACCGCCAGGCGCACGAAGAAAUACGGAUAUUACGCAAGCUGCGCGAACAGGACAAGGACAACACCAUGAACAUCAUCCACAUGUUUGACUCGUUCACCUUUCGCUGCCACAUGUGCAUCACGUUCGAGCUGCUCAGCAUCAACCUGUACGAGCUCAUCAAGAAGAACAACUUCAAGGGUUUCAGUUUGCAGCUGGUGCGCAAGUUCUCGCACUCGCUGCUGCUCUGUCUGGACGCGCUCUACAAGAACAAGAUCAUACACUGCGACAUGAAGCCGGAGAAUGUGCUGUUGAAGCAGCAGGGACGCAGCGGCAUCAAGGUGAUAGAUUUCGGCUCGAGUUGCUACGAGAACCAACGGGUGUACACGUACAUCCAGAGUCGCUUCUAUCGCGCGCCAGAAGUGAUAUUGGGUGCGCGAUACGGGAUGCCGAUCGACAUGUGGAGCCUCGGUUGCAUUCUGGCAGAACUGUUUACCGGGUUCCCGCUGCUGCCGGGCGAGGACGAGGCGGACCAACUGGCUUGCAUCAUCGAGAUGCUGGGUAUGCCGCCGCAGCGGCUGCUCCAGAACUCGAAGCGAUCACGUCAAUUCAUCAGCUCGAAGGGCUACCCGAAGUACUGCACCGCGACGGCGAUGCCGGACGGCACGACAGUGCUAAGCGGGGGUCUCUCGAGACGCGGCAAGCUGCGUGGUCCGCCUGGGUCGCGCGACCUUGAGACCGCCUUGAGAAGUUGCGCGGACGAGCAGUUUCUGGACUUUCUCAAGAAUUGUCUCGUUUGGGAGCCGGAGUACCGGAUGACGCCGCACAAAGCGCUUAAGCAUCCGUGGCUGCGCCGCCGGUGUCUACCAAGGCCGCCAGGCGAUAAGAACGACACGCUGCCGGCGGUGACAUCGGCGACGCAGCCCGUGACUACCGGCGGUCCCGCCCUGAGAACGUCCGCGUCCGGCAGUAGGAGCUCCAGCAAGACCAACAGUCUGCAGAGCGGCAACAACACCAGUGACGACAUCGCGACGAGCAAGACCACGACGGGACAGCAGAGGAAUCGUCUGGUGGAGGACGUGGUGUCAAGUUAUACAGGUUACGGUAGUUCGUACGUGAGCGGGUCGCAAUUACAUGGUAGCAAUUGGGGCGGCACAGCAGCAGGAUUGAGUAGUGGCCAUCAAUCUCUCAACUCCGUCGGCGGUGGCGGUGGCGGUGGCGGCAGAAGUUCUUCCAGCAAGACGAACAGUCUACAGACCGAAAGCAACACUACCGACGACAUCCCCGCGAGUAAGACAACGAGCCAGCAACGGAGGAACCGCCUCCUUGCUGGCCUGAACAACGUGGUGUCGACUUACGCGGGUUAUGGAGUGUCUCAGCCGCAUAGUAACACUUGGGGCACGAGCGGAGGAAUGAGCAGCAGCGGUCACCAGUCGCUCAACUCCAUCAGCAGUCGGAGUUCCAGCAAGACUAACAGCCAGCUGCAGACAACCGCGUCAACCGGCGACAUUCCCGGCAGCAAGACCGAUCGCCAGCAACAGCAGAGGGAUCGUGCGAGCGAGUUGCCGGUUACGAUCUUCGAUCCUUAUCCCCUAAACUCUUUCAGUUGUCUGUCGGAAUCCCAGUUGCACGGGAAUCACCGGGCGAAUCAGAGCAGUAGUCAUCAGUCGCUCAACUCCCUCGAUGGCACGACCGGCAAAUCACAACGUAGUCGGCAGGCGCAGCAACAGCACAAUAAUAACAGCACAUCGCAUGACAAUUACGGCUCGCACGGCUCUUCGAGCUCUAGCCGAUUGGUGUUAUCGCUGCAUCCGGCGGUCCAAGAGAUCCUCGAGGAGUUGAAGCGAUAGACCGAGACGUGGGGCCACUCUUUCUGCUCCCUUCAUCCUUUUCUUCGCUCACUGCCGUCCUCGUUGCUGUAUGACGUCGCGACACGGCCAACGAGGAUGCAUCGGCACUGACGACUCGCUCGCAUAAAUCGAAUAAACCUUGGGCUGUAAUUUGUUGUUCGAGCGACGGGGCAGAUUCAACCUGACAUUUGGCAUUCAGGUCUUAAAAUUGAGAGGGAUUACUCAAGGUCGACAGGGAGGAUGGCUCAUUAGCGAUCGACCGUCUCAUUAUCGAUCUCGGAUUCACCACUGUGAUUCACGCGUUGCGUUUCUAGUUUCGUCAGUGUGAACUUGUUAUUGAAAGGAGGUGUGAAACGGUUACACUUCGGCGAAUACGUGUGGAAGAGAUUUAAGUAAUUGUCUCUUGACCAAUAUCGAGAUAAUUUAUUCGAGGAAAAGUAUUCUCUUUGGAAGUGGAAUAACAAAA